CAACCUCAGAGUCGCUAAACGUCGCCACCUUCGCGUUUUAUCGUUCAGUAUUGAGCUAGCGGUGUUAUCAGCCAGCAAACGAACGUGCGCGCCGCUCCGCUUCCUUUCCGAUCACUUUCAAAAGAAACCAACCUCCACAAAACCAAAAUGGACCCGCUCAACCUGGCCGAACGCAUCGAAAAGUUCCAAGCCAGCGAAUGUUACGCGUACGUAAAAGUGCGCCAACUGCAGUGGUUCCUGCGCGGCCAACAAGUCGACCUGAGCGACAAGAAGCAGCUGAAGAUGCUGGACAACAUUUUCACGAUUAGCAGUGCGGACAAGGUCGUCAACCUGCUCGGAUACGCGCUGAAUGCACCGCAGCGAACGUUCAAAGAGGACGAGGAGGUCGAGCAGCUGCUUGCGCAUGGCGACAUGUGCUUUGUGGAGGAAAAAGUCGCGAAAGGGAUCCGGAGGGUGGUUCGCAAGAUCAAACGGAAGGAUCGCGAGAGUCCGUACUGCUUUUCGCUGAUUCCACUUUCGGUGGUGGUGGAUUAUGAGAAUUUGGACAGUGUGUAUGAGACGCUGUUGAUAAAGAUUUACAAAAGCUCCAAAUGCGAGUAUGUGGACAUGACUGCCCGGGUUUACAAGAGUUUGGAGCAUUUUCUGGACACGUGCCAGCUGCCGUUUUCGAUCCUGUGCUUUCCCCGGGACGGAGAGCAUUCGUUUGAUGCGUCUGGGGAAAUUGAAAUCGAUUGCAGAAAUGUCGGAUUGAAGAACAGAGUGUUCAAGCUAACGGAUUUGGUGCUCGGAGCGGUCGGAAUCGUUGGGUCGGUCGGAGCCAUUUUCGCGUCCGGAGGAUUGGCCAUUCCGUUUAUAGCGGUAGGAGUGGGAUCUGCGGUGUAUUCCGGAAGUCGCAGCAUCGCACAUUUGGUGGACUCGGGCAUGCACGGAAAGUCGGUGAAUCCUUUUACGGACAUUACAGCACUGAACAACUGGUUGAUGUUUACGGUGAAUGCGGUCAGUGCCGUUACGCUUGGAGCAUCGGCAACCGCCACAGCCCUUAGCACGGCCGAUACCACGGUCGACAUUUUCGGCCAGCUAACGAUGGUUUUGAAGGGAAUUUCGGCGGGGACGGAAAAGCUCAGCAUGGUGGAUCUCGUAGUGUUUAAUGUCGUUGAAUGGAGACGCCUUACAAUGCACGAAAGACUGGCGCUGGCGUGCUCGAUUUGCUUUUGCUUUCGAAAGGUGAUUAGCUUUCACAACGCUGAACGGCUCAUUCGUAUGGUUAGGCUCAGGCAAAUUAGUAUGUAUUUUAAAGACAAAGUUUGGCCCUCCCUUACUUCUUCAAAGACAUACUAUUCAAAUGUACGAGAGUUUAUGGAGUUGAACGAAUCAUAUCUGGAGAAAGGAAUGGAGAUCGUUCGGGUGCUUUUGAGGAGCGAGUUUACAGUAAAGGUGAACGAAGCGUUUACAAUAAUUCGAUUCAAUGAGUUCGAGUACAGAAUGUCCCAUCUUUUCCGUAUUGAAUUGACCAUGAUUGCCAACCUCCUUCACAUGCUUUGGGGCAUUUUACCAAUUUUGAAAGAUACCUUCUUUCUGAUGAGAAAUCACUUUGAUGACGAGUCAAUUUUGAAAGUUGUCUGCAAUUACGUAGAUAGUUUAGGCGGUGAAAUAAUGCACCUUGAACUCGCCAUCAACCAAUUCAUACAAUUCUUCAACGUAUUGCUUCCCAUUCUAAAUGACACCCCAUGUCUAAUCGACUCAGGCAUUGUGCUCGGAAAAGGACACCGUUUCACAAUCGGAUCAGCUUUUAAAACGUUCGUAACAGAUAACAAAGAAAACGCGAUCCCCCUGAUCAAAGCCCUCGCAGAGAUGAAUCCUCGCGAGGCCGAGCAAUUGAACACGCUUCGAGAUCGCGCCAACAUCCAGGAAGACCAACUCUUCAAGUGGAUCUCCGAAGGAACUCACAGCAGCACGGAUAUGCUGUCCAAGGCUCGCUUCCUCCUUUCAAUCGAUGAUCUUUGUACCGAGCAAUCGCUUCACAUAACCGAUUUUAAAAUCUCGCGAGGCACCAUCGAAGUGGAAUCGUUGUUCGAAGUCGAUCCUAAACUGAUGAACCGAAUCGCGCUGGAUAAGCACGGCGGGUGGGCAUCACUAAAAUGUCCGGUUCGAGCUACCCGCUGAAAUUAGGGGGGGUUUGACACAGCACGAGUUCAAAUUCAAGUUCGAUCUGACGAUCGGAACUCAAUUCCACGAGCACGAGCAAAUUUUCAGCGAUGUCUUAAACUUAUGUCCAUGAUUAGAGGCAAUCCAUGAUUAAAGUAUAGUAUAGUCCAGAAGUCUUUUUGAGACGUCACUCUGCUUUUUUGUGGAUGUUUCGAUGAGACUCCGCGUAAAUCCGUCGCAACAGGGGGGAGGGAGACAAAAACUUCAAAUAAAACUUGCAUUGGCCUAAUUAUCAGCUAAAUUCAAGUGUUUCAAGGUGCAAUAAAAUAUAUUUUUUCUAUGUUAUUGGGUUAAAACAUUGUUUAGCAGCUGUAUAA